GUUUGGUUCGAAUUUCAAGACUUAUUUCUCAAUUCGUCGUUAAUCAUGGGUUUUUGUGUUAACGGUGUUAUCCUUCUGUUAACGGUUGCUGCGGUUACGGAUGCGGAGAAGUUGCCAAGUAACUUCGGGAGAUGCAGCAAAAGUGACCCCGAGAUGCCAGAAUGUUUAAGGGCCAACAUCGAGGACGCCAUACAAAAACUGAAAGAUGGAUUAACGGAAUUGGGCCUGAAGAGGUUGGACCCUAUGGACAUCCCCGAACUGACAAUAGACGAAGGAAAAGGUCCCGUCAACGUAGUCCAACAUUUCAAAGACGUAGAACUGCACGGCUUGACUGGAUCUAAAGUGGUGUCGGUAAACAUCGAUUUCGACAAGAAUGAAAUGUACGCUAGAUUCAUCACUCCCGAACUCAGACUGCAAGGACAGUAUUCCAUGGAAGGACAGAUUUUGCUUUUGCCCGUUGUAGGCAGUGGACCCUCCAAUGUCACUCUGAUAAACACCGAAAUCAACCACACCGUAGUCGCAGAACCGCUUGAGAAAGAGGGACAAAGCUUCUGGUCGUUCAAGAACUACACAGUCACCUUGAGACCUGAACGAGUCAUCUUCAAAUUCGACAACCUUUUCGAUGGUGAUUCCAAGCUAGGCGACGAAAUGAACAAGGUUCUCAACGACAACUGGGACGAGGUGUUUACAGAUGUCAGAGAAGGAUACGAGAAAAGCUUCGGACUCAUAUUCCAAGAUCGUGCCAACAGCAUCUUUACACAAGUGGCUCUUAGCGAUAUUUUCUUGGAAUAAAGACUAUGAAAUAGAUGUAGAAGUUGUAGCGUAUUCAAAUUAGCUGAAAUAACUCUGUUUUUUUCUUAAAUCUCAAAAAGUGUCGUUUCAUGGCGUGGAAAAACAUAAUUCUGUAAAUUAUACU